UUUGUCUAAUAGUUUCAGUAGCCUAGCGUUAAACAUGUUAACUAAUGCAACGCUGAAACCGGAAGUGUUUCCUCUCGGAAUGUUUUAAUCGUCGUUUGUUUGAGGGGGAGUGUGCGUCAGUCGGAAAGGUCCCCCUUACUGCUUGUGUUGUCGAGGUGUUCUGUGUGGACAUGGAGUCAGUUCUGUCUGCCCUGCCGUGGGUGCCGGUGAAUGUUGGUGGUUGUGAUCUUCUGGCCAAAGCCUGGUUUGGUGACACACAGUACCGGGUUCUGAUGAGUGAUCUGAGCAGUGUGUGGGAAGAGGAUAUGAAUGCAGACGACAUCCAGAGUCGAGCACAGGAACUAAAUAAGCGCCUAAGGGCUCCUGCACAGGCUUUUUUCUCUCAUCUGUGCUCGGUGGCACAGCCUUGUUUUUCAAGCCAAGAUGAUGAUCAGACCACUUCUGCACUAGUCUCACUGGAACGUCACGGUGAUAAUUUUACAGUCAGACUCAAAAGUGAGCUGGCCGGAUUGCCGUUUUACUGGGAGUUCCGUUGCACCCCGAUGCCUGUAGCCAUGGUGUGCAGACAGCUGGUGUGCCCCCUGCUGGCAGUGAGUAGGGUUCUGCAGAGACAAGCAGAGGACCUUGCUGCUAUGUUGGUCAGGAAAGAUGCAGAGAUACAGGACUAUCAGGAGAACGGAGCUGUUCUCAGCAGAGCUCGACUGCAGACAGAGCCAUUUGACGUGCACAGAUACAGGGAGAACUUCUUCACACAGACAGUUCCACAGAUGGGUGUGCCGCUGGACAGUUUGGGUUUUGAACCCGAGUUACAGGCGCUGUAUGUGGCUGUAAACUCUGUAAAAUCUGCUCAGAAACGUAAACGUUCUUCAGACAGCAGCCUUGCGCCGGAUGACAUCAGCGUUCCUGAACACCGGGGUCACCAACAAACCAAUGAUGUUCACACAGGUGUAGGGGCUCCAUUGGCUUCUCAAGAACACAAUGAUGUCAAAAAAGCAUCGAGAAAAACACAGGAGGCAGACACUGAACAGACUGUGCCGCUAACAACUGUUGCUGCUUCGGGUCCUGAAGAGUGUUACACUUCACGGCCGAAGAAGAAGAAAGCCACAGGACUCUUUCGGUGACCCAUCUCGCCUCUAAAACUCAUUUCCACAAUAUCAAAUUAUGGACAUUUUCGAAACUCUUAUUAGUAUCUUCAUACUUGUUUUAUUUUGGAUCUUUUAGGGUAUUUUAAAAUAUUUUUAUUGUGGGUUUUAUUCUGUAAGUUUCAAUUUAAAAUGGUGUCUUUUAAAAACAAAUAAAAUAUCGCUUUCCUUUA